UUUGUAUAUCGUCGGUCCCAUUCCCCAACCACCAUCUAUCACCCUCUUAUAUACACACCGCUCACUCACUCUCUCUCUAUAUCUACACUGUUUAUAUUCAAAUCUACAGUGGCAAUGAUAUAUGGGUAAAGUCACCAGAUGGUUUCGCGAGCUUCUGGGCUCCAAAAAGCCGUCGUCACCGUCGGCUAAGGAUAAGAAUAAGAGGAAGGCAACGGCGCCGGGUUUCUGCAGCUCUUCUUCCAAUUCCGGUGCCAGAAACAGCGGCGGAGUCCCCGGAGAGCCUCGCAGCAGUCAUGCAAAUGACGAUCUUUCUCCGGGUUCCAACGCCGUGGAGUCUUUGGACGCUAACAAGCACGCGAUAGCUGUCGCUGCCGCCACCGCGGUGGUGGCGGAGGCGGCCCUCGCGGCGGCCCAGGCUGCCGCGGAGGUUGUGAGGUUGACGAGCGGAGGGAAUGGGACCGCGGCGUUGGUUAAACGGCGCCGUGAUUGGGCGGCUGCGGUUAAAAUACAGUCAGAAUUUCGAGCGUAUCUGGCUAGGAAGGCGUUAAGGGCACUCAAGGGACUGGUAAAACUUCAAGCACUCGUGAGAGGCCGCAUAGUCAGGAAACAAAGUGCAGAUAUGCUCAGGCGCAUGCAGGCAAUGGCUCGAAUUCAAGCCCGGGCCUGCUCGAGUCGAGCUUUAGUUUCUGACUGUUCUCACUCUAGCAACGAGGCCUCACAAACUCAUCGCCCUGGUAUUGCAUCUCGCGAUAAACAUGACCUGCAACAACGUUCCUACAGUUCUACUCAUCGUAGCUCAAAUUUGAAGAGUUGCUAUUCCAAAUCGAAUAUGAAUGAGAAUGUAAGCAUGGGCUCAAAAUGGUUAGAUCGUUGGAUGGAAGAACAUGCAUGGAACAAUUACGAGAAUUCCUCCCUCAAGGACGGGGGAGCUGAUGAUGAGAAGAGUGACAAGAUACUCGAGAUUGAUACUUGGAAGCCUCGCCAGAACCCAAGUGGAAGCAAUAGAAUCUCACAGAAUUCACAGUAUUUUUCGGCUUGGAAUGACAGUGGGCAGGGAAAUAGAACCAACAACUACUCUAUGCCAAGGCAUUCUAAUACAAAGAAGCCAAGUCCUAGUCUUUCUUCUGCAGAAGUCUCGUCUCUAAAGUCGAUAAUAUUCCCUCAAGAACCCAAAAAGCCAGCUGCUUCAUGGACACUCGAGCACAGCCCAAGACCCGGGAGCAGCACCGGAAGCCAAAGACGAGGCCCCUUCGCCCCUACCACAAGUCAGUUCCCAUGUACCACGUUCUAUGGCUACCCGAGCUACCCAAACUUCAUGGCUUACACGGAGUCAUCCUUGGCGAAAGCAAGGUCCCAGAGUGCACCGAGGCAAAGAAUGCAGAUGAAGCUGGCAAACAUUCUUCGCGACACAGACACAAUCUCAGAAAAGGGAUGGAGCUCGAGCUCUCGCCCUAGCCUCAGCAGCAAGGCUUAUCCAGGAUCCAGUCGCCUAGGUUGAGACAGUGAGGAUUUAGCUUGAAAUGUUUUUUGUUGCCUGCCAUGUUUCAUGUAAAUGUUUGAUGACUUGUACCAAGAUCCUGGAAUAAUAUAUCACUCACUCCUCAAAGUAUACCUUAAUCUACUCAAA